CGAAACCAAAACCUAUCUUGUUCACUUUAUAACAUCGAGCUUUUGUAGAGAGAGAGAGAGAAAGAAGAGAGAUUUGUAGAGAGAGAAAGCGUAAUCAUGGCUGCAACAGUGACUAGUCCUUGGGGAAACAAGCCCAAAUCAUGGGCUUUGGAUGCGGAGGAAAACGAGCAAGAACUCAUCCAACAACACAAGGCAGAUGAAUCCGCCGCCGUCGCGGCGCCGCUGGCUGAUUUCCCGUCGUUAGCGGCGGUGGCGACGACCAAGGCGAAGAAGAAGAAGCCACAGACGAUGAAUUUGGCUGAGUUUUCGACUUACGAUGCGAGUAAGUUUCGUGAAUCGAAAGAUGUGGAUGUGUUGAAUUUACCCAAAGGCCCUCGUGAGAGGAGUGCUGAGGAGUUGGAGAGGAAUAAAGGGUUUAGAUCCUGGGGGCCCGAGAGGGGAGGAGAUAGGAAUGAGCCCAGGAGGUCUGGGGGUUUUCGAGAUAGGGAGACUAAGGAGUUCACGUCUUCGAGGGCUGAUGAAACUGAUAAUUGGGGUGCUGCCAAGAAGGGCAGCGGUGCUGGUGGCUUUGAGAGGAGGGAGAGAGGUGGAUUUUUCGAGAAUUCCCAGAGUAAGGCGGAUGAGUCGGAUAAUUGGGGGGCUAACAAGAGUUAUGUUCCGUCUGAGAGGAAGUAUGAGAGGCAAAAGAUUGGGUUUGAGUUGAGUGGUGGGGCCGAUUCUGAUAAUUGGGGGAAGAAGAAGGAAGAGGAAGGGAGAAAGUUUGGUGCUUUUGAUAGUUUAAGGGAGAGGAGAGGGGGUGGGUUUGAGAGAGAUGAGAGUUGGGGGAAGAAGAGGGAGGAUGUGGGGAGUGUUAGGCCUAAGCUUAAUUUGCAGCCGAGGAAGAUGCCCAUUGGUGAGGAGGCGCAGAAUGGCAGUGUUGUUAAGCCAAAAGGGUCGAAUCCUUUUGGUGAUGCUAGGCCUAGGGAGGAGGUCUUGAAGGAAAAGGGUCAGGAUUGGAAGGAGGUUGAUGAAAAGUUGGAGUCUUUAAAGUUAAAGGAAAAGGAGGCAAUAAGUGAUGGACCUGGUUUUGGGAAGAGAAGUUUUGGUAGUGGGAACGGGCAGAGUGGUGGAAAUGGUGAUAGGUCUGAGAGGAGCUGGAGGAAGCUUGUUGAUGUGGAUGUUCGUCCGCAGAGUGCUGAGAACACUGAUCGUGGUGAGAAUGGGCAUGCUGAAGAAACCAGUAAUUCAGAGAUCUGUGCCUGAACUUCAGUGCAUAGGAAUUAUAAUGGUCUGGGAAGGGAUUAUGUGCGGAAUGAACGAUGUCUCUCAUCCCUUGGUGCUACUAUUUUGACAUAUGGAGGUGCUAUAUGAACAUUUUUGAUAGACAUGGAGUAGAUUUGUAGCUGUUUUAAGUUAUAUAUAUUUUUGAUUAACAUAUUUCCUAUUGUUAUUGCUAUUUUCAUAUAAAUUUUGUUCCGAAAGUAAACACUGGUGAGUUUGGUUUUAUAUUAUUUUGAGGAGAGUAUACCUCUAUAUUUUUCUUUAUA